GAAGAAGCACGUUUGUUGGACGAGUUGAAUCAUAUGACCAGAUUGGAAUAUCCUCGUAUGUUAAUGUAUCAAAACCCUGAACUGGCGCAUGCACAACAUGCACAAUUGCAAAAAAUUGAACAACUGAAAGAGCGACGUAGCGCAUUGCAACACUACAAGCGGGUGCUCGACGAAAAUCUACAAAAAACAGCUGGUAUGAGAUUGGUUUUAAUACUGAUUGCUGAUCGCUGA